UGGCAACAGCUCAUCGCUUCUGAGAAACUUCACCAUCCUCAGAGGUGUGGAGAAAAGAUGGGGACAAGUGCCAUGGAGAUCAAGUGGCUUUUGAUGUGGCUCUUGUUUGGAUUAGUCAAGGGGAGCAGGCCAGGCGUAUGCCCACGUCUUCCACCGAGUGAAUUUGCUGAUGUUACUGCUGACGUGUAUCCACUGCAGACCAAACUGUACUAUACAUGUGACCCUGGCUAUGGCAGAGAGGCUAGUGUAUACCUAGGAAUUGAGUGUAAGAGUCAACAGCAGGGUGCUGUUUGGGAACACCAACCAUUUAAAUGCAUUGAUAUGAAAAAUUUAUCAGCAAUGGCUUCCAAGACAGAGUUAGAACUUACACAGAAGCCAGAAAUAGAACCAAGGAGCCCUGCACCCCAGAAGCAAGAAGACCUUUCAGAGUCCAAACCAAAAAAUUUCUGUGGUCCUCCCAAGACUAUUCCACAUGCCUCCAUAAGGCUGCCCCAGCAGCAUUACGUGGGACAAGUCUUACAUUUCAAAUGCCAGACAGGUUAUGAUAAGAGACCCCCCACCUCUGGCAGCAGGACGUGCAAGGAGGUGGAUGGCAAAACCUUCUGGACCCCCCUUGAUCUGAGAUGCACCAAUGACACCAACCAGUGGCCACCACAGACCAUUGGGCCAGGUUUGAAUCUUUUGUCCUCUUUCCCUUCCUCAUCAGGGACACUGCCAGUGACAGGUUUUACAGCUAUCUGGUUUGUUCUGCUUAUCAUUCCCACUGCCUUUGUGUGACUCAGCAAGCAGCCAAAAAGGGAAGACUUCUCAGGGAAUUGUGGCAUUCAGAUGCAGACUUGUGAAAUUAUUGACUUGCCACAGAAGAAACCAGAUUGUAGCAGUGACCCCAAGACCAGCAGUGGCAAACAAGGAGGAAGCCUGGACACUCAAAUCCAAUGUGUGAAGGUGGCAGAAGAGGUUACAGCUCAGCUCUUAUGGGGACAGCAUGACUUUCCACCUACAGAGUGUUGGUAGGAGGACUGCACCCCAUCACUGACUGCUGGGGAAAGAGCCCUGCCUGAAACUGCUUCCCAAACCCACUUCUCCUCCUCCUACGACACAGCAGAUGUAUUUCUAAUAUAACUGCAGCCCCUCCCAAGCCACCAGGAGUACAUAUGGACCAUUCUCCCUAGCAUUAAUUGAUGCCACUGUCAUUUCAGCCCACACACCAUCCUCCCCACAAACAGAGCAGCUUUGCUGGACACCUGAUGUCCCCCUGCCUCUUCCCCACCCAGGUGGGCCAAGCGCAGGCACACCUUUCUCCUCAAAUUGUUCCCCUUGGAAAUUAAACCCCUUCACCCCCUGCACUGCAGCUGAAAAUCUGACUGGAUUCCCUUAUGGUUUACUAUAUACAUGCAUUCCUCAUCACUCCCCUCUUCCCAGUUAUUUUGGAUUUGUGCCUUCCAUGAGAGUUCCUCCAUCAUUCCUCCAGAUCAGACAAGGAUGAUGCAGAUUGUGGCGGCUGAUUAAUUUGACAGCUCCUUUUGUAGCUGCAGAGAGUGAGAGAGCCCAGCACAAAGGCAUCUGAGGACAGGCUCAAGCACACCCAAUACUUGACAUGUUCUUGUAUUAUUGGGAAUUUGCAAGGUCUGGAUAUUCUUCUGCCUCUUUUUAGCCAUGCUCAGCUGGGUAAGAUGGGUUUCACCUGGAUGAAUGCAAGUAUCUGUGUCUCAGGCAGGCAGUGGGGAGGAACAAGUCUCUUUG